UGAAAGGAUCACUGAAAAUCAGUGAUGACACCAGGUGUUUGCGAAUCGGGUAAGCAUGUCUUGCCCAACCAGAAACAACCGCCAAUCACACAAUUUUCAUGAAAAGAUGUUUGUUGCCCGACACCCACAGCAAUACUUGGUUAGUACCCGGAUGGAUAAUCAAACAUUGACAGUGACUCAGUUGUUUACGAUCACCACUUGUUUGUUUAUUCCGUGGACGAUGCUCUGGCCACACUGAUGGAACCGGAAUGAUGAAUGGACUGGUCAUUUAUUAUAAGAUGGCAGCCGCCAGAAAGCUGGAGAGUCUGAAUGAGAACUUCUUGACCUGUUCCAUAUGUAGGGAGGGGUACAAAGACCCCUGUACUCUGACCUGUGGCCACACCUUCUGUAAGGGCUGCCUGGGGGAAUUCCUGAAAACCAGACAAGACGCCAUCAGAGCCAAGUCCAUCCCGUGUCCCUACUGUCGUCAGAUGACGCGAGCUCCCCAGCCUGACAGACCAGUGGAGGAGUGGGUGAAACAGAUCAAGCCCAGUUUCCUCAUACAGGGACUUCUGGACACUCUAGCCUGUGGGAAAAAUACUGAUCAUGAUAUAGAAAACCGCUGCCAUCCCUGCCAGGAUCUUGGAGAAAGUCAUCCGGCCAACUCCUACUGUCAAGACUGUGAUGUGCUACUCUGUGAGAGAUGUGUCAAGAUGCAUACGUCUCUUCCUGGUACGUCAAACCACGUGAUUGCUGACCUUGGUUGAGCAGUGAAGGUCACUAGACGACAGAUGUGCACGGAACACAACGAAGUCAUGGAUUUCUGCUGCAAAGACUGUAAUAAAGCAAUAUGCCACAAGUGCUGUGUCAUAUACCACAGGAAAUGCGACUCUGUGGUCACUAUUCAGUCCAUGAUGUCUGAGAUGAGAAGUGUUCUUACACACAAUAGGGGC